AUGGAAUCUAAUAAUGAUGAAACUGCAAAACUUAAUAAUAUGGAGGAUGAUCAAGAGCCACCUGAGUCACAAAUAUCUAACGAUAUUGAAACCACACAAUCAUCGGAAAUUGUGACGACACCAAUAAGUACUAUGAAUCAUCGAAUACGAGAAGAUGCUAUAUUAAAAAUUACAUCUAAUAGGCUAUUUGAUGGGAAAAUUACUAAUCUAUGUUCGCCUUCAUCAUCUCUAUCAUUAAGUUUUUCAAAUAAAAAGUUUUCCUCAUCAGUUCCAACAACUAGUCAACCACUUCGAAUAUCAUUACAUGAUGCAUCUUCCGUACUUCAAAAUACACCAAAUAAAUCUAUUAAAUUACCAACAUUAUUCCAAUUGUGCUUAUCAAAAUUAAAUGAAAGUUCUAUCAGUAUAUCUACAUUCAAGAACAUUUAUGCAGUUAGAAGCUAUUUUGAAGCCCCUUCCAAACAAAUAACCUGUAAAAUUGAUAAUGUUCGAGAAACGUCUGCAGGUUUAUGUACUCCAAACUCCUUAACUAGUGCCCCGCCAUCAUAUUCAUUUGUAUUAAGACAAAUGAACUUAAGGCGCCGGCCAAGGUUUAUGGGUACUUUUAUUCCAUCUCCGUCGUUUAUUUUACGUCCUCCGCCUCCGAAUUACGCUACAGCUUUUGAUGUAUACGUAGACAGUCCAAUACCACCUCCUCCAAUAGUAUACAACUAUGGUUUUACAUCAAUGCCCGUAAUUUGUCCUGAAUGUGGAUAUGCUGGUAUGAGUAUGAUAACUAGCAGGGUAACAGUCUGUACACAUUUGUGGGCAGCUGCCCUGUGUAUUUUUUGUUGUUGGAUUUGUGCUCCGUUGCCUUAUGUUUUACGCUCUUGCAAAAAUGUUUACCAUUAUUGUAGAAAUUGUCGCAAUUUUUUGGGUAUGUAUUGUCCUACAAGCCAAGAAAAUAUGUAUUAA